AUGUUUUUCACCUUCGCUGUUUAUUCAAUCAUAUUUGCCAUUGGAACAGAAGUUGAUUCCUUUUCUCCAUCUUCAUCUUUAUCUCCUUCAACUAUAACCUCAACAUCACCUUUGACAUCUAAUUAUGUGACACUUUCAUCAUCACCAACAACUGAAUCAACAGUUAAAUCGUCGCCAAUUAAGACAACCUUUAAUUAUCCAAGUUCAUCUUCGGGUAUUUCCAGUGGAUCUCCAUCGACAGCCUAUUCUAAGCCCAAUACCUUGACCAUUGACCUGAGGUCAACAAGUGAUUUAUUUAGUAGACCAGAUGAUUCAAAUUAUCGAUCACCUUCAAUCCGACCAGAUCUUGACCGAGGGUCAAGUCAGGAUGGUGGCCUUACCGAUGAAUUUGGUACAACCGAAUCAAGUAGAUCAACAAUUAACAAUUACACCUCAUCAAUGGCCGCCGUUUAUCAAGAGGAACCCGAAAAUUUGUUCACCUCAUCAAGUCCUUCAGGUUCAUUGACAAUCACUUCAUCUGGAUUACAAUCAGCUAAUCAUGAGAUCUGUGAUUUCUGUAUUUACGAGGGUGAAGGUAACUUUACGAGUUAUGGUUAUCCGUUACCAUAUCGAUCAAAUCUUAAUUGUUCAUACCGAAUCCAACGAGUGGCCGAUGAAGAUAAUGCCGAUUAUUGUGAACUUGAUCUGAUAUUUCACGAUUUUGAUGUUCCAAUAUCGUCAAUAGCGGGUGUCACUUCAGGUCCAGAUUCGAUUGCAUCUGAUUGUAAUGAAGAUUAUUUAAUUGUAACUGGACGGAGAUUUUGUGGUAACCAAUGGAAAGGUCGAUCUGAGGUUAUUCCUUUUGCCGCAGGUCAAAAAGAGGUUACCUUUAAUUUUAUUUCAAAUGAACGGGUUUCAGGUCGUGGAUUUUGGGUUGAGGUUAAAAAGCGACCUGGUUCUUGUUACGAGAAAAAGGCAAUGAGAUCAUGUGAAGAGCGAUAUUCAGAUUCUGAGUUUUAUAUCACCAGUCCUCAGUUCCCAUCGGGAUAUCCGAAUGAUGCUGAUUGUACUUAUCAUAUACGAAGAUCUGACCAAUCAGUUUGUGGAUUAGAAUUUAAAUUUCUUCAUUUUGAUCUAGAACAAAGUGAAAGUUGUUCUUAUGAUUAUCUUUCGAUUGAUGGUCAACGUUUUUGUGGUACUUUAUCACCUCACACAGUUAAACAGGUCAAAUUUGACGAAGAUCAGAAAGUUUUAAUCUUCCACAGUGAUAAGCAAAUUCCCCGAUCAGGAUUCCAUCUAUUGGUUCGGCAACUUCGAAAAUGUGGCCCUUCCCAAUCUCUUCCACCGCCGCCCAAUUGUAACAUUUGUACCGAUGAAAAAUCUGGAAUAUUGGUCAGUUACGGUUAUCCAAAUCCCUAUCGAAACAAUUUACUCUGUUCUUACACAAUAGAAAAGUCCAAUUCCGAAAUGUGUGCCGUCGAAUUUAAAUUCGAUGAUUUUGACCUAGUUCCAUCUAAAGAUUGUUCUGAAGAUUAUCUAACACUCGGUGGAUCGAAACAAUGUGGAUCAACUCUUUAUGCUACCAAACGUAUACUCGAAUUUGGUCCAAACAAUACCGUUGAAAUGACCUUUAGAACCGAUGGUAGUUCUCAUUCAAGAGGAUUCUCAGCAUCGUAUCGUCAAUUACCCUGUUCCUCUUCCGGUUCAUCUCCAACCGCCUCAUCGUCAACAACACCAGCUCGAGACAUAACACCUCUUCCCGCUAAAGAUAAACCGACGACAACUCGAUCAAUUUAUUGUGAUCGAUACUUUUCAGAGAAAAAUUUUCUCCUCCAAAGUUACAAUUACUCUUCCAACUAUUUGAACAAUUUAGAUUGUACCUUAACGGUUCAUCGAAACACAUCAAAAGUUUGUUACCUUGAAUUGACCUUCCUAAUGUUUGACGUUGAAGCUUCACCUCAGUGUCAAUUUGAUUAUCUAGAGAUAAAUAAUGUACGACUUUGUGGUACAUUACAACGAGAAACAACUAGAACUUACAUAUUCGAGGGAAUUGAGAAAAUAAUAAAAUUCCAUUCAGAUAAUUCAUCAAAUCGAGGUGGUUACCUAAUCAAGGCUGAACAAUUAGAGUGCCAUGGUGAUGCUAUCAUACGAAACAUGUCCGAUAAUCAAGUCAACUCGAAUGCUCUGAUUCCCGAUCAUCCAUUACCCUGUGAUGCUGUUAUUACCGAUUCGACCUUUGAAAUAAUCAGUCCACUUUAUCCGUCACCUUAUCCUGGAUCAUCUAAUUGUGUUUACAGUGUUCAUAAAGUUGAUCCUCGAAUUUGUCGACUGGAAGUCACUUAUUACGAUUUUGAACUACAAGGAGUAAAUUCUCAUGGUUAUUGUUCAGCAGAUUAUCUUGAUUUCAAUGGUAUCCGAAUGUGUGGAACUGUUACUAAAGCUUCAGUUCGUAAUUAUUAUUUUCCAGAAUCAACGUUUUCCAUUCGCUUUCAUGCCGAUCCAUCGUUAUCAGGGCGAGGUUUCCGGCUCGGAGUGAAACAAUCAGAGUGUAUUGAACCCGCUAAUGAACAGAAACCACCUCAACCCUCAACAACCCUGAUCACAACACCAUCUCCAGCCCCAUCAACACCCUUGGCUUCAACCACCCAACGAGUUCAAACCCACCAAUGUGAUCAAGUAAUUAAAUCAGGAUUUGUUGAGAUUCUUAGUCCUGGUUGGCCGGCUAAUUAUCCUCCAUCAACUCGAUGUCAAUACACUAUAAUUAAACGAAACGAUAUUGGGCCAAUUUGUCAAUUAGAGGUUAAUGUAAUCAACUUUGAACUUGAUCAAACAAUCAACUGUCAAGGUGAUUAUCUUGACUUUGAACGUGAAAUAAUUUGUGGGUCAAUACCAAGUAAAACAAUUAAAUAUUUCCCAUUUGAGAGGCCAGAGUUUAUAAUCAAAUUUCAAAGCGAUGCCUUGGACACUGUAUCUUCCCGUCGUGGUUUCUUACUUCAAAUCCGUCAACGUGAGUGUGUCGAUGGAUUCAGCGUUAGUCCAACAAGAUUACCGACAACACCAUCGAUUUUACCAGAAACAACAUCUCACCAACAACAACAACCACAAGUAGCUGAUAAAAAGCGACUCGAAUAUUGUGGAUCAAUUGUUCGAGGUCAUAAAUUUGAACUUAAAAGUCCAUUAUUUCCAGCACCGUACGAGGCAGGAUUAGAUUGUCCUUAUACCGUUAGACGAUCUCACCCCAAUAUUUGUUACCUUGACCUAUUUUUCCUUGACUUUGAACUACAAGAUGCUAAAGAUUGUAAAUAUGAUUAUCUUUCAAUUGCUGGUAAAAAGUAUUGUGGUUUAGUUAAACCAGGAGCAAUUCAAAGUUAUCCAUUUGAAAAUCAGAAUGAAAUAUCAAUUAUAUUUCAUUCUGAUCGAACCAGUUCAGGUCGAGGUUUUUACAUUCGUGGUUCUCAACGUGAAUGUGAUCCAAUUACUUCGACCGUGAACACUUCGAACUACGAACCAUCGUCAGUAACCUCAACAACCUCGACACCCUCAACUUCACCGGCCAGUAGUCGAUCCAAUGGAACGAUAAUUAAUCAGAUUAAUCAUUUACCUCAUUUAUCGGCAACUCCAUCAAUUUGUGAAUUUUGUUUCGCAAGUAAAGAUGGUGAAGUAAAAAGCUACGAUCAUCCUGAUCUUUAUCCUGCUAAUUUAGAUUGUAAUUAUCGAAUCACUGGAUUACCUGGACAUUGUGCUGUUUAUCUUAAAUUUGACAUUUUCGACAUUGAAGAGCCACGAAACGGUCAAUGUAUCGAUGAUUAUCUGGAAAUUGAUGGUAACCGAUAUUGUGGUAAUCAACUUGAUCGAGCUCAGAAAUUACUUGAUUUCCAUGGUAAACCUCGUGAAAUAGUCUUGAAAUUUCACAGUAACGAAUUUAUUUCCGGCCAAGGAUUCAGAAUCUCUUAUGCACAAAUUGCUUGUAAUAAUAUCGGUGUUAAUCAAACGCCAUUAAAUAUACCAGAUAAACCAAUUCCUCAACUUAUCACUGAUUCAUCACCGAUUUCUGUUAUUGAAUCUAAUGAUAAAAUUUCAUCAUCGGUGGCAAUUGGAGUUGAGAGUCCAUCAAAUCGACGAGUUCCUUGUGACCUGGUAGUUUUUGACACUCGAUUCGAAGUGUCAACACCAGGAUAUCCUUACGUUUAUCCAAACAAUGCUGAUUGUCUUUUCUCAAUUCGUCGAGCGAAUUAUAAUAUCUGCAAAUUGCGACUUGAAUUCGUUGAUUUUGAUGUUUCACCGUCGCCCAAUUGUGGUACUGAUCAUCUUGACAUUGAAGGAGAACGUCUUUGUGGAAUUGUACCAAAUAACACCAUAAGAGAAUUCGAUUUCCACAAUUAUAAGAUUGCUCUUAGAUUCCGUUCGGGUGACCAGGGAUCUCGUCGUGGUUUCUUCAUUCGAGGCCAACAGAUCGAAUGUUAUGAUCACAAUAAGUCGCCUCCUUAUCCAUCAAAUUCUGCUGAUUUUCCAUCCUAUUCACAAUUUGAUAUUCGAAAUCCAACAAAACAUCACAAUAAUAAUCAACCAUCAUCUUCGAUUAAUUAUCAAUCCAAUAAUCCAUUUACUUCAUCAUCAUCUCCUCUCUCACCGAGUCACAAUUAUCCAUCCUCAUUAAAUUAUCCACCAUCAUCGGGAUCUCAUGGUUUGUAUCCUCCGCCUCCAUCACACCAAGCAAGACAAACUUCAUCAGUUACAGGGACAAUUAAGGUUAUCGAUCCAAGUGAUACAAAUUCAAGUUUAACUCAAUCAUCAAUUAAUCACCAACAAGAAGAAAUUGAUUCUCAACAAAUACCAGUCCAACAAUUUAGCUCUUUCACUUCCUAUUCAUCGCCAAGCGUUUGCGACAAGACAAUAACUGAAAGUUUCUUUGAAAUUCAAUCAACUAAUUACCCACAAAGAUAUCUCCCUGGAAGCAAAUGUUCAAUGAUAAUUAAAAAAGCGAAUCCAUCAGUUUGUCAUUUAGACUUAAUGUUUAUCCACUUCGACAUUGGUUCGGGUUCUUGUUCAAAUGAUUAUCUCUCGAUUGAUGGUGAACGACUUUGUGGUUCAAUUCCUGGUGGAACAGUUAAAACAUUUACUUUCGAUCUUCCCGAAAAGUUCAUCUUUUUCCGUGGAGACAUUGGUCAAGGUGUUGGUUUCAAUGUUCGAGGUCGUCAAGUUGAAUGUGGCCCAAAUAUCGGUCAAACUACGACGACAUCUCUCAAUCGAGCACCAGUUUUGAGUUUUAAACCAUCAACUCGAUCAUCAAGUGACCAAAGUUCCCCACUAUUAUUAUCAUUAUCAUCUUCAAAAUUAUCACCUUACGAUAGAGAUGAGUAUUCAUCAAAUUUACCCUUUUGCGAUCGCAUUUUUACAACGGAAAGUUUCACACUGACCAGUCCAAAUCAUCCAGCCAAUUAUCCCAAUAAUCUUUACUGUCAAUACACAAUUCGUCGGCCAAGUUCAAGUGUUUGCGCGAUCGAUGUAACUUUCGUCAAUUUUGACCUGGAAGAAUCGCCAAUCUGCUCAAAUGAUUACCUGGAAAUCGAUGGAUCAAAGAUUUGCGGUCUUUUACCUCCGCAUCAUAAAAGACGAUAUAAUUACUUCAAUGGCCACGACAAGGAGAAGACAAUCAUCUUUAGGACAGAUUCACAGAUCGCUAAAAGCGGAUUCUCAUUAAAAGUUGUCCAAGUGACCGGAUGUUCACAAGCAGACUCAUCUCAGCUUGACCAUCGUCCAAAAAGUAAAUCCCAAUGUAAUGAAUGUAUGAAAGAUUUGCUUGGACAGAUAACAAGUGAUAAUUAUCCAAAUAAUUAUGGAAAUGAUGUCGAUUGUAAUUACCGAAUCGCCUCCGCUGGGUCACAAUACUGUAAGGUAUUAGUUUACAUUCGGGAUAUGGACAUUGAGGAGACCGAAGCUUGUGACAAAGAUUAUCUGUUUUUAGAUGGACAAAGAGUUUGUAAUACAAAUUAUAAGCCGAAACCAAUGACCAUCUAUUUCCCAGAAUAUGGACCAAGAGAGAUAACUUUUAGUUUCCACAGCGACUCUAAAGGAACCGGAAGAGGUUUUUUCAUCGACUAUAUGCAACAAUCUUGUUCGACCUCUUCACCUUCACUAUCGCCAUCAACUAUGUCUAAAUCUCACUUUUAUCCUACUAAUCAUAUAGCGAAAGCUGUAAUUGAGGAAAUUGUUGAGACCAAAGUUGCUGUUCUUGACCAUAGACCCGAUCCGAUAAAUCAUCAAUCAGUUUCUGCCAAAGAUACAAUUUAUGUUGGUGAAUCGUCACCAUCAUCCUCAUCCUCAUCAUCUCCAUCUUUAACAAAGAAAUCAUCUUAAAUACUCAAUAUCUAUCCUUAGAGAGAGAUUUAAUCAUUUAAAUUAAUAUUUGUAAUACUUAAUUGAAAACCUUUUAACACAAUCAAUUUUAAUUGUAAGGUCAAACUUUCUGAUUCUUUUAGCAAUUUAGUUCUCACUUUGGAAAUACUAAAAAUACUGUAAAUAGUUUUGUUCGUGAUCAUAAAAAUAAAGGAAUCACAGUUAAAAUAA